AUGCAUCUGAUCGUUCGUCAAACGAAUGUGUCAACGGAUGUCGGUNAACAUAUCGAAGACGGCAUUGAACCAACUCGCAUCGAAGGCUCAUGCGAUUUGAAAUUGGAUGAUCUGAAAUGUGGAAUAUGUGAAAAGAUUGUUUGGAAUGUAGUGACUUGUGAAAACUGCGGCGCACUCUUUUGUUCCGCGUGUGUUGCAAAUGCAUCUGAUCGUUCGUCAAACGAAUGUGUCAACGGAUGUCGGUCAUUUGUCGAAACGAAAGUCCAUCGAUUUAUAAUCGAACAAUUAGCUCGAUUGAAAAUUGUAUGCUCUAAUCAACCACUUGGAUGUAUUGCGAUCGUUCACUACGAUGAUCUCGAAAAACAUGAAAAGGAAUGCGGAUAUCAACAGGAAGAAUGUUCUGGUUGUCAUAGGCUACAAUUGAUCAAAGAUUAUACGAAUCAUCUCGAAACAUGCCUUAUGAUUGCCGUUGAAUGUCUAAAAUGUCAUCUGGCUAUUCCGCGAGGCGAUAUACUACUGCAUACAGAAUGUCGAUGUCUCAUAGAACAAUUGAGAAACAAUUUAAAUGAACAUAAGCUACACACAGCUGAACAGUUCAAACAAAUUGAAGAAGGUUUGAAGCGAAACGAUGAAUUGCAACAACUUCGAAAUGAAUUUGAAGAAUUUCGACGACAAACUGGAGAUCAAAUAAAACAAAUCGUAGAGCUCAAUUAUCGUUUACAAGAAAGAUUCGAAACCAAUAAACAGCAAACAAACGAACAAAUUCAUCGAGUGGAACAAAACCUUCAACAACAACAGCAACCGAACACGAAUAUACAAAAAGCACUCAAAACACUCGAUCUCUAUGAGAAAGCUGACAUUCGGUGUUCAUGCGGUGGCCGAUUCUGUCAACGUUGCGGUGGUUGUCGCGAUUGGAAACGCAACGGCAAGGGCUGGAAACGCAUUAGUAAUGGUUGCCGUUUCCACCCGAACACUGACGCUGGUGAUGUUUGCCAAUGCGUCUAA